GUACAAACGAUGAAAAUGAAUUAUUGGAGUUUUUGUUAAAGUUACCACGAGUUUUGACAGCUAGGUGAACUGACCUGUAGAGAGGCUUGUGCGAAGUGUCUGGAAGAAUUUUGUAUAAAAUACAACAUAAAUGUCACACAAAAAGUCACACAAGUACACUACAAAGUCAGGUGUCACCAUCUAAAUGGAUUUGUGUAAAUGUGUAAGUGUUUAGGUUCCUUUGUAUGCUCUGAAUGUAUGUGUGACUGCAUGAACAGGCCUUUGCGUGUGUGUCUCUGUCCAUGACUGUGUGUGUGCAUGACUGAGCAUGUGUGUAUAGAGGAGAGAGUGAAAAGGUGAAAGGAGCAGAGAUGUGGGGCCGGUUGAGGUGGACAUGAUGCGCAGAUGGGAGACAGAGCACAGUGCAGUGUGGGAGGAACUCAGCAAGUACAUUAUCAAAUUUUUAUUAGACACCUUUGUCAUUCUGAGUCAAGUGUCUUUUUGGAUCUAGACUUUAAAUACCAGUACCAACUCUUUGUAGCCUGCCAUUUCUGUUUUUUUUUUUUUUUUUGCUGUACGCUUGAACACUAAAUGUGUUUUUCCUUUUGCACCACAAUCACUGGCAAGACUAUCUGCAUCUGUGAUGAUCUGUUUCCUGGACCAGGCUUGGUCCAGCCCACUGGUCAUGGACCAUUUGGAACUUGCGCUUAUCUGCACUGGGCACGGUGCCCUCCAUCCAUUCCUACUGCGGCGAACUAAACCCAGCAGCUCAGUGCUGAACAAUGACUGGAACAGCAAUGUGCUGACUCCUGCCCUGACCCACAGGCCCAGCUGCUUUUCAGUACCAGCAUGUAUAAAUAGGUCCGUUUACUCUGGGGUCAGGACAUCGUUUUUGUGGAGCCCCCCUGUGAACACUGCACGGCUAUUCUUUGGGGCCUGGUCAGGUAAAUCAGCACUGAGAUACACAGUAGCAUGGCUCUGAAUAAUCCCAACCCACUAGGACCAUGGAAGAUCACAGUGUAUGACCAGGAGAACUUCCAGGGGAAGCGUCUGGAGUUUACCUCAGCCUGCCAGAACAUCAUGGAGUGUGGUGUUGACAACAUCCGCUCUCUGAAGGUGGAGUGUGGCGCCUGGGCAGGAUAUGAGCACUCCAGCUUCUGUGGACAGCAGUUUGUGUUGGAGAGAGGAGAGUAUCCUCACUGGGAGUCGUGGAGCGGCAGCAACGCCUACCACAUUGAGAGGAUGAUGUCCUUCCGCCCCAUCUGCUCUGCUCACCACAAGGAGUCCAAGAUGGUUUUGUUUGAGAAGGAGAACUUCAUGGGACGCCAGUGGGAGAUAAACGAUGACUACCCCUCUCUGCAGGCCAUGGGCUGGGGCAACAACGAGAUCGGAUCUAUGCAAGUUCAGAGCGGCUCCUGGGUGUGCUACCAGUUUCCAGGUUACCGUGGUUACCAGUACAUCAUGGAGUGUGAUCGUCAUGGCGGCGAGUACAAACAUUACAGAGAGUGGGGCUCCCAUGCUCAGUCCUUCCAGGUGCAGUCGCUGCGUCGAAUCCAGCAAUAAGACCUGCAGCCUCCUCUCCCAACCUCUCACUCUUUACCUGCUCCAGCUCUAGCUCCUCCUCCUCCUCCCUUCACCCAGUCAUUCCAAGCUUUAGCCAGCUCUGUCAGACCUUAGUGAACUAAGUCUGACACUUCCUGGUGUUUCACAAUUAAGAUGUUUACUGCACCUUUGUUUUGUUCUGUUGCCAAAUGAAAAUGAAGAGAAAUUAUGUAAAGAAUUAAGGAAAGAAAAAAACAGCCGCUGAAGAGAAGCCCCUGAAUGACGCCCCACUGAGGAGAGAAGAGGAGGAAGGUAAAGCCCUCUAGGCGGCAGGGUGGUGAUGUCACUCAGAGUCAUUGCUCCUCGUAUUUUUGGGUAAACAUGGUGCUACCAGUGAUCAAUGAAGAAGGAAUGGGCAACAUAAAAUAAACCUAAAUACAAGAGUCUGCUGCUAAACUC